GCUCCGCUCUGUGGCCGCCGCCGCCCCGCUCUACGAUGUGGUGGUGUCGGGCGGGGGUAUGGUCGGGAGCGCCAUGGCCGCCGUGCUGGACUCCAGGCCCAAGUAAAUUCCAGCUCGUUGGGUGAAGCCGUGGAAGGAGCCAUUGUCGUAUGGGAGGAGUACCCCAACUGACAACGCGGGACAGCAGAACCCCGAGUCGAGCUAAUACUCAACUUUGUCCAAUUUGUCGCCAAUGCAGUCUGUAUCUUAUUUGCCAUUGUUAUUACUGUGGGAAAUAUAUAAUCCAUUAUAACGGAUCACAACAAGUAUAUUUAGUGGGCACACUAUCUCCUUUUUGUAUUAGAUGUAGAUGUAUUAAUCGAUUAGAAAUACUAACGAGAAAAAGAUAUUUUUGUUGCCGAACUAACAGGGUUGUAGUAAUAUAAGAUAAAUUGUUGUGAGAAUUUUAUUGUGACUAUUCCUAUAUAAUAUAUAUAUUAAAACUUUUGAGUAAAUUCCUACCAGGAAAAACAGUAACGAGGAUAAUUUAAGUAUUAGGAUACCUAUAAAACACACUGAACUUUUGGGACAUAGCAUACAAAUUGGACCAAGAGCUAACCCUACAACCCCUUGAGUGUUUAGAAAAGACCACCUCUUAAGGAAGAGGGCAAGACCGGAUAGGGAACCAGUGGUGCGGCUAAAAGGGUCUGCCAAGGGCUGCAACCCCUCGGGGCUGUGACCGCCGACCACUAUGGCCCUUACCGGACCUCUUCUAGUCCUACUUGGGGUGAGUUCUUUGACUCUGGCUACGGAAAACAACUGCGGUCAAUGUAUAGUGACUACUAGAAGGGGACGGGUAAGCUCCCUAACCGUGGUAUAUCAUACUAUCUAUGACUGCAAAGGUCAGAAAAUUGGAAGCUGCAUCUAUAACCAAACCCGGUAUGCUCUAUGCAGAGAAGGAAACAGAACUGUAUGUUAUGAUCCAAAGGAACUCCCUUAUCAAUAUUGGGUCGAGAUUAGAACAAAUGAUCAAAAUGGGAGAUUAAUAGGAUCAAGUAAAAAAAUUACUAAUUUGACCAUACCCAUCUGGGUGUCCUUUGAUGCAUGUGAUGCAAUUGACGAUGACCCAGACACAAAUUGUGGGAGUGUAGAGUGGAGAAAAUAUUAUUCAAAACAACCAAAGUAUUUAUGUCCAGGAGCCGGACAUUGCCAAAUUAAUGCAGACUACCGGCGUUCUGGAACGGCAAGAUAUCAAUCUGCCCACUUAUGUGGCAGGAGGGGAUGGGGGUGUGUGUGUUGGGCAACCCAAAAUUGGGGGUAUGAAAGUCAUUGUAGGGAAAUACAGGCCUCCAUAACCACGGGGCCUGUAGAUAAAAACUGCACCACCCGUAGCUGUAAUCCUGUCAACAUAACUAUUAAAAACCCAGAAAAAUGGAAACAGAAACAAAUAGUUUACCUUGGGCUUAAAAUCUAUGGGACAGGAGAGGACCCAGGCAUUGUCUUGAAUUUACAGACCAAAGAAAAAAUCUAGAGAAUCAAUACAACAUUGGUUAUUGUUUAACUCCUUUUAUCAUGAAGUAGAGACAGGAAUAAAAUAUGAAAUUCUCACAGUUGCUAAAAAUCUAUUUGUAAAUCUUGCAGAGAAUAUCGCUAAAUCAUUAAAUGUGACUAAUUGUUGUGUUUGUGGUGGGACAAAUCAAGGUGAACGAUGGCCAUGGGAGGCCAUGGAGAGCAACAUAAGUAAUCCCCAAGUAUGGAAAACAAUGGGAAAGGAUAAUAGGAAACAACAAUGGGUACUUCAAACGAGUAUAAUUGGGAGGAGUUGUUGGCAAAAUCUAAGGGAUGAUGGAAGAGAAGUAGGUAACCUGGAGUGUGAAGGAGGUUAUCUAUGGAAUGAAACUCGGAAUAAUUGGGAUAGGUGGGGAAACCCACUAGAAAUGAAUAAUCAAUUUAAAAAUUGGACAAGUGGAACGAAUAUACCAAAUGGUUGGCCAACUCCUGAAGGACAUUAUUGGAUUUGUGGCAGAUUAGCUUAUGCAUAUUUGCCAAGGAAUUGGACAGGGUCCUGUGUAUUAGGAACUAUAAGACCCAGUUUUUUCCUAUUACCCAUAAAUCGAGGAGAGUGGCUAGGAGUUCAAAUAUAUACAGAGGCUAAUGAGUUAGGAAAAAGACAUCAGAAACGGAACCUACAAAUUGGGCAUUGGAAAGAUAAUGAAUGGCCUCCUGAGAGAAUUAUUGCCUAUUAUGAUCUAGCUACAUGGGCAGAAGACGGAUCCUGGGGCUAUAGGACCCCAAUAUAUAUGCUUAAUAGAAUAAUAAGGUUACAAGCUGUAGUGGAAGUAAUCGUAAAUAAAACUGGAGAUGCACUUGGAUUAAUUGCAAAACAAAAUACCAAGAUGAGAACUGCUUUAUAUCAAAAUCACUUAGCUUUGCAUUAUUUGUUAGCACAGGAAGGGGGUGUUUGUGGAAAAUUUAAUCUUAGUAAUUGUUGUUUAGAAAUUGAUAAUGAAGGAAAAGCUGUGAAUGAACUUGUAACGGAAAUGAAGAAAAUUGCACAUGUCCCAGUUCAGACUUGGAAUGGAAUCAAUCUAGGAGGAUUAUGGGGGGACUUUAUGAACGGUGAUUGGCUCAUUAAAAUUGGGAUAGUUGUAUUGGGAAUAUGUGGAGGAUUGUUAAUAAUUCCAUGUUUAAUACCUUGUUUUACUAGACUAAUACAUUCGGUUAUACAAGGAAUGCAGAUAUCUGCCGUACCUGUUGAUCCAGAAUCUGGAAGAGAAAAGACCCAUUCCCUGAUGAUAAUAAAAACAAAGGAAGAUCCAAAAUUGAUACCAAUUCGGCAACUGUUAACACGAUUAGAAGCGAAAACACGAAUCAAUACCAUAAAAAAGGAAAUGGGGGAUUGUGAAAUGUAUUCACCUGAUUCGUGUCAAUAUAAAACAAUGCUAGGGCCGCGUGGUGAAAUGUGACCCUCUCUGCAUAUGUAAUCUUUAACCAUUUUGCUUGAUCUUGUAUAACCGCAGGCCUAGAGGAAGUAGAAUGGUAUGUAUAUAGUUCUUGCUUCUUGCAAAAGCCACCUAACAUUUUAGUAUGCCAGCUUGAACCGGUCUUGUUGCUAGCCACGUGGUAUUGAGCAAGGGAGGCUUGUAAAGUGCAUGCGUAAGGUCUAGGGUCAUCCGGAGGGAGAGCCGAGGAAGACUACUGACUUCAUCCAACGACCACCAGAUGAGAGUAAGGAAGACCCCAAGAGGCGAAAAGGACAUGCACUAAAAGAGAUACGCCUAUUCCUGGAAUUCAUUUGCAUAGACCCACCUUGUCUUGGAAAUAGCUAUGAAUAUGUAUUAGCAGAAGGAAUAUAAACCAAAACCAGGAACUGUACGGUGUGCGCCUUGGUAGAGCAGAGACUCCCGGUGCACCCAGCGCUGUUUGCU